CCUUUGACCUUUGCCCGUGCAGGUUAUCCACCGCCUGCCGAUGCCGAACCUACGUGACGAGCUGCAUCACUCCGGCUGGAACGCCUGCAGCAGCUGCUUCGGCGACGCCUCCAAGAAGAGAAACCGCCUGAUCCUCCCGUCGCUCAUCUCCUCCAGAGUCUACGUGAUCGACGUGGGGACGAACCCCAGAGCGCCGCGGAUUCACAAAAUGGUGGAGCCUGUUGAUCUUUACUGGAAGUGCGGCCUGGCGAACCCUCACACCACCCACUGUCUGGGCAACGGUCAGAUCAUGAUCAGCUGUAUAGGAGACCCGUCCGGCAACGGAAAAGGUGGUUUCGUGCUGCUGGACGGCGAAACGUUUGAGGUGGUCGGUAACUGGGAGCACGCAGGAGAAGCAGCGCCCUUCGGAUAUGACUUCUGGUACCAACCUCGACACAAUGUGAUGAUCAGCACCGAAUGGGGAGCGCCCAAAGCGCUGGUCAACGGUUUUAAUCCUGCACACGUCAAAGAGGGUGAGUCACAUGGAAACAUACUUUUUUUCUUUACUCUUUUCGUCCGGAGUCUUUUUUCUCGUUUUAUCGUCAUGAGCAUUACGACAAAGAAAUGUCGUAUUGUGACCCUCGAAGUUAUCGACUCUGAUUUCAGUCAGACUCAAAUCGCUGCCACCUGGGUCGAGGUCCUGCACCGGGCUGAUGGUACCUGAUGGGUAACCUGCAAAAAGCUCUGUAAUGGCUAAAUUUGUAUUUAUAAAAAUUCAAAGGUUCGGGCCAGGGAAAUAUAAAAUACACGCAGCUAGGAACCGUGAAAACAAAAAUAUGUAUUUUUUUAUUUUUCAGAAAAAACAAUGAAAAAUGAUGUGCAGUAUAUGUGUAAUAUUUUGACAUCUAAAAUACUUUUUUCAAGCCAUAAUUUUAAAACCUUCGACCCCGUCGCCACAUUCAUCAGCGGUCUGACAGCGGUGAAAGCCCGCUGCGCCCGAACACGAGACCGUCUAGGAGCUGAUUUCGGCCGACUGCGGUGAGAAAAGGUUGCAGCUGGAGGACAAAGUGGCAGCUCGCAUUAACUUCGAGGCAACAAGGAUCGUUUUGAGAUUUCGUGGUGGUGGAAGAAGCGUGCUAAAAUGUCUUCUAACCUGGCGGAGACUGUGCAGAAUGUUUUCACCGUCCUGGUGUGUAUCCAGGUGUCUUCGACAAAAAGACAGGUGACCUCUGGUUCUGACCUUUCCGGGUAUAGGCGGGUCCUGGUUUUCAAAAAUGGACCAGUGCAGGACUGAUUUUCGGGAAGUUUCCACAGUAAGACUGCAGUCAGUGUGUUGGUGAAGCUCCAUCCAGGUCAUGGUAAUUCUAGGUGCUAUUGUUAUGACCCCAGGGACGAGUAUCACCGUCGCAGAGACGUAACCUGUACGCAGGUAAAAAGGAGCAAUGAGGACACGCUGCGUCUCCUGUCCUUCCAGAUUGCUUCUCUGAUUGUUUUAUUAACAUGUUUUAAAAUCAUGUGAAUACAUUUCCGGCUGAUGCAUUUCUCUUUGCCGCGCUACAGUUACUUAAUUAAUUACUUAAUAACAUUAGUUUAGUGUUUUCUGUGAUAAGAAAACAUUAAAAGGCAUUUGAGUUCAGUUCCCAUAAAAAGACAG